GAGGAAUAAUCUACCAACGUCAGAUUCCGGUGCCUUCACCGACUGGGCGGCGGCGGCGACGACGACGACGACAUCUUCUCGUGCCACUGAGGAUCUAUCUCUUGGUUUCAAUGCUGGUCCCGCCGUCGUCCACGGUGGGUUAGGCUCAGCUUCCGCCGCCGGCGUUCCUUCAUGGCCUCCCGGAACUUCUGUUCGUUAUGGCUUACCUUCGUCGGCGGCGGCGACUGAGAUGGGUAUGGUCGGUCUGAGAGACGUUUUCCUUGUUGCUCCGGCGUACCACCACCACCAAAACGCCGGAGUUUUGUCCGGACCCGAAGCGGCGGCGGCGCUUGGCGUUGGAGUGGUUCCUCUCCUCACGGCGGGUCCGCCUCAGCAAAACGUGGAAGACACCGACAUUAACUUCCUCGGAAACAACCGGAGAUGGCAGAACAACGACAACAACCACGAAACGCAGUAUCUUCACUUCAAGAGUACUAACCAGACACCGGUCGGAACGAGCUCGAACAACUCGGGGUCUGGCUCAGGCGCAUCGGGAACCGCCACGUGUCAAGACUGUGGAAACCAAGCCAAGAAAGAGUGCAAGCAGAGGCGGUGCAGGACGUGCUGCAAGAGCCGUGGCUUUGAUUGUUCUACUCACGUGAAGAGCACUUGGGUCUCUGCGGCUCGGCGGAGAGAGAGGCAGGUCAUGCCCUCCGGCGCUAAUCCAACGGCUGGCUCGUCUCUCUCUACAUCCUCCGGGACAAAGAAGCCGAGGAUUGUAGGGUCUCAACAACAACAAGCCACUUCUCACACUUCAACUUCUAACACGCCUCCACAAAGUUUCGAGACCAGCUCCAGCCGACAAGACGGAGGAGGGUCAAGGGAAGCAUGGCCAGGGCAGAUUAGAGCCGCGGCAGUGUUCAAGUGUGUGAGAGUAACGGCAGUCGAGGAAGGCGAUGACGAGUACGCGUAUCAAGCGGUAGUGAAAAUCGGUGGCCAUGUCUUCAAAGGAUUCUUGUACGAUCAAGGUCUUGAACCCAAAGAAGGUUUUCCUAAUAUGUCGGAUUUGCAUUUAGGUGGUGGAGCCAAUAACCAUAACGGAGUGUCUGCCUCGGGUCCUAUUCUUGACCCGCCAAAUGUCUACGGUGGUGGUGGUGGUUCAGGCGGUGGGUUUUACGGUUAAACCAAAUUCAAAAACGUUUACUAUUUGAAAGAUGAAAGAUGUUUUAUCUUCUUUGAUGUUUUUUUCUUCUUUCCAUGGGGUUGGAUACAAACGAUCGAAUAGUUCACUAACUCUCUAUUGUAUGAAUUGUCCAUGUGGACGAACUACUUGAUCUAAUGAUGCAUCAAACGUUAUCGAUCGACA